AUGUUUCUGGAUCUCAACAGUCCAGAUGAAGGAAGUGCAGUGAAAUUUGAAGAAAUGUUAGAAGAAAUGAAUGACGUCGAUCGAGAUACUGGGGAGCGAUUGAGACGACAUCUUCAGUUUUUCUUUAUGAAUCCUCUUGAGAAAUGGAAGGUACGCCGCCAGUUCCCAUAUAAGUUGGCGCUUCAAGUGUUGAAAAUUAUUUUUGUCACUAUUCAAUUAAUACUUUUCGCUGAAAUGAGGAUGUCUCAUGUUGAUUUCAUGGAGGAUACCAAUACCGUAAUGAGGCACAAAUUUUUAAAGGAAUGGAACGACGACAGGGAUGCUCUUCAGUAUCCUCCUGCAGAAGGCAGAUAUUCAGUUUACGAUGGACAAGGAAUUUUUGAUCAUCUGAGUUUUAUAAUUGGUUCGUACUAUUCCAUUCAAACGGAUUCGUUUGCUUCCUUCAGCUACGAUGUGCAAAGACCUCCAAAACAUGGUAAUGCCUCAGAUCCUUCACUUACAGCAGGUGUCGAAUUCGAUAACAUUCCGUUCAUACAGGUGUGUGUAGAUAGAAUCAACAGUGUUACCGUGAACAACAACACCUACGAAUUCGACAUCACCGAUGUUCAUGAAUGUAUGUACUUGAACUUGACCGCUUCUGAAGUAGAACAAAUUCGUGCAGAUUCCAACGCUGUGGCGAAAGCUUUCGAGAGAAGAGGUGUCACGUUCAAGUCCGAGGAUGCAUUGAUUAUUUCGAAAGCGACGUUGAUUUUCAAAUUGCGUACCAUCCAUUUCAGCCCCAAAUCUGGCGAUCAAAAACCAGAAUGUUAUAAAAUCUCUGUGUCGAUUGCCUUUGACAAUUCCCGACACACCGGUCAGGUGCAUGUCGGUUUAUCCACUGUAAUUUCUUAUGUAAACGUGUGCAAUGGAAGGGUAAUUAAAGGAUCGGGACUAAACCUCGAUACAUUGAUAUUGGGGAUCGUCGAUGUAAUUGUUUUGCUACUAUGUAUAUUUUCACUUGUCCUUUGCUUCAGGGCUUUAAUUAAAGCUCAUUUGUUGAAAAACGUGAGUCCACAUGUUUUCUCUGUAUCCAGUAGCUGGUACCCAGAAGUUUAUUUCCAGAGAGCGAUUGAUUAUUUUGAAAAUAUGUUUAAAAUCAAAAUGUCAGUUUCCGAUCAACUCGAUUUCCUCAAUCUUUGGUAUGUUAUGAUUGUCACCAAUGACAUUCUUAUCAUUGUUGGAACAAUGAGUAAGAUUUCUAUAGAGUUUCGGGACUUCGAUAACUCGAUUUUCACUCUUACGGGGAUUUUGCUGGGUAUGGGUGCGCUGUUGGUGUACGUUGGUGUGCUUCGCUACUUUGGCUUUUUCAACCAAUAUAACAUUCUUAUUCUUACCCUAAAGAAAUCCAUUCCAAGUAUGGCACGUUUCAUGUCAUGUGCCAUAGUUUUAUACGUCGGAUUCUUGAUUGCAGGAUGGGUUAUUAUUGGACCCUAUAGCAUGAAGUUCCGAACCCUGGGAGAGUCUUCUGAAGCUUUGUUCUCUCUGAUGAAUGGAGAUGAUAUGUUUGCUACAUUCUACACUAUUAAUGAUUCAAACACUACCAUAAAGGUUUUUGGAACUGUGUACAUUUACUGCUUCGUCUCGAUGUUUAUCUACGUAGUGCUAUCUCUAUUUAUUGCCAUAAUAAUGGAUGCAUACGAAGUUGUAAAGGACCGCUACACUUACGGGUUGUCUGUGGAACGUUCUUCUCUGAAGGAUUUUGUUGCCACCGCACCUACUGGAACUCUGAGCUCACCGACAACGCAGGCGCAAUUUGCUCCAUCGGCACUUUUGAACCUCGGUCGGUAG